GAGAACGGCACCCAGGAUCAAGCUGGGUCUUUUUGUAAUCCUGCUGGAGGAGAAGCGGUUUCUGCACAGAUCGUAUCCAAAGAACCAGCCACAAACACACAGAAAUCCCAUGGCGAGACUGAAAUAAAAUCCUUGAGUAAAGAUGGAACUGGCGGUCCUUUGGACGACAGCCUCACCAACAUCCAGUGGCUGGGCAAAAUGAACACGUGUGUUUUAGUGUCGGAGCCUGCAAAGCAAACGCAGGACAAGGAGAACCAGGUUCCCGCGCCACAGGCUGCUCAGGCAGCCGGCGUACCUCCUGAAACCAAACCUUCGGACAGGCCGCCGUACUCCUACAUGGCCAUGAUUCAGUUCGCCAUCAACAGCGGGAAAAACCGCAGGAUGACCCUGAAGGAGAUCUAUACCUGGAUCGAAGACCAUUUCCCGUAUUACAGACAGGUGGCCAAACCUGGAUGGAAGAAUUCUAUCCGCCACAACCUUUCUCUGCACGACAUGUUUGUUCGCGAGACGGCGCCCGACGGGAAAGUCUCCUUCUGGACCAUCCGGCCCGAGGCCAACCGAUGCCUCACUCUAGAUCAGGUGUACAAGCCUGGAUGUGAUCCAGUGACCGCUCCAGUUCCUGUUCCAAUGCUUUUAUUUCCCAACCAAUCGCAGAAGAAGAUCAUCCCCGACGGGAGAAAGAUCGCGCCGGCCUCUGAGAGACGGAUGAAGCCCCUCCUCCCCCGAACCGACUCCUACCUGGUCCCCAUCCAGCUCCCCGUGGCCCCCCCGGUGUACCUGCCCUCCUUCACCUGCACCCAGCAGAGAGCCGGCACCUCGCAGGCGCCCAAGAGAGUCCGCAUCUCCCCAAAGGUCAUCAUUGUUGACUUUAAGAAGCAAAAUACGUUUUUAUGUAAAGAAUUAUCAAAAACAGGAAAAAAAUGCCCAUUUAUUUUAAACUAAACAAGCUAAACUGUUGACAUUUAAGAAACAAAUAGGAUAAAAUUAUUGAUAUUUUCAGUUUA